UUUUCCGUCACAAUACUAAGGAGCGCAAAGCCAUCAUUCUUCUUCUAUUUUAACCUAACCCCUCAAAAUGCAUGCUUAUUGUUAUGUACCUUUAUAUUCCCAAUUUUUUCUUCCAGCAACUUUAAAAAGUCAUUUUUUCGUCUUCAAUACAUAUAAAAAUACUAUUUUUCUUUUUAUUUUUCUUGUCAAUCCUUUCCUAUUUGCCUACCAUCAUCUGCUCAUAUUUUCUUCUUUUCAUCCUUCUAAAAAAGAGUUUUUGGGCGGUAAACGUUGAAAUGUCGAUUUUAUGAUGGAGGAAAGGGGGGAAAAAUGAAGGGGGCAAAAUGGAGUGCUGAAAAAUGCGUUCUUUUUUCUUCUUUCUCCGGCGGGCCAGCCGCCAACAAAACUCUAAAAAAAAUAAAAAUACUGCGGAGAUGGGGGGAGGGCGAUAGUAGGGGGGACGAUAGUAGAAAGAGAAGGAAGGAGAUCUCCUUUAGUGCAAUGGUUCCUUUCAGGCUGGCGUUGGAUCCUAGAGUUUUUUUUCUUCAUGUAGUAUUGUCAUUUUUCUCCUUCCACCCACAUUUUUAUUUUAUGUUUCUUUUUGGCAGCCGCAUUUAAAAUAUUUUUAUUUUUUUUUCUUUAAUGUCGCAGCCAAAUUACCUACUCAUAGCGGCAAUUUAAUGCGCAUUUUAUACCUGGAAGGAAUCCUUUUUUGGGGUUUAUUCUAAUUAUCUCAGUACCGUCAUCCUCAUUUAGAGAUUUUCUUAGGAUUAGGGUUGGGGGCCCGAUCCCGAAACAAUGACUCGAACGCCGGCC